AUGGCAUUUGAAAAUAGUAAAACUGACCAUUAUGUUACAAAGAAAUUUUUUGGUUUUAUCAUGGAGCACCCAACAGUAAAAAAUUAUUUCCCAAGACUAAAUGCAGCAAUUUUUGUUAACAAUUUUAAAUCACCAAAAGAAUUAGCAGAUCAUUUAUUAUAUUUAGAUAGAAACGAUAAAGAGUUUGAAAAUUUUUUCGAUUUUAAAAAAUAUGGAAAGAAUGAAAGAGUAGAAAACUCCAAAGUAAAUGACGAUUGCAAAACAUGUAGCAGAUCUUUACAAAAAGCAAGUGGGCAUGGUAAUAAAUAA